UUAAUGGUCGUUUACAGUGUCAUUUCACGUAUAUUCACUUACUUGGCUUAGUGAAGGCUAUGUUUAGGCCUGUAGCUUAAUUAAAUCUAACUCGGAAUUCAAUUAGGCUUUUGUGUGCAUCACUGAGCUUGCGUAGGGCCCUCGCUCGCUCGCUCGGCGCGACAGGAAAUAGGGGAAUGACUGUAGCUUCUGCUGAAUUUGUGAGAGGGAGGGAAAUGGGCUAAAGAAGGCGUAUUACGACGAAUUCAGCCGAUCAUCUUCUAAAAUCCCUCCAGGCGCAAAUGUGGACGUAUUGUCACGUUGUUGCCUUUCAUCUGUCUGUCGUUGCUUUCUCUUUUGCCUAUUGUCUUGCUGCUGCACAUUGCGGAAGAUUGCACAGCACACCCUUAUCCCCGCCUAAGGUUGCGUAAAAGUGUGACGAGACACCAUGAGCGACGACCAACCUCAAGUUGAACUCUUUGUGAAGGCUGGCAGCGAUGGCCAGAGCAUCGGCAACUGUCCAUUCUCCCAGCGACUCUUCAUGGUGCUGUGGCUGAAAGGGGUCACCUUCAACGUCACCACCGUAGACAUGAGGAGAAAGCCAGAGAUCCUGAAAGACCUGGCCCCCGGUGCUCAGCCGCCCUUCCUGCUGUAUGGGACGGAGGUGAAGACCGACACCAACAAGAUCGAGGAGUUCCUGGAGGACAACCUCUGCCCCCCAAAGUACCCCCGGCUAGCAGCCCACAACCCAGAAUCUAACGGCGCCGGUGUGGAUGUCUUUGCCAAGUUCUCUGCCUACGUCAAGAACUCCAACCCUGGUCUGAAUGAUAAUCUCGAGAAAGGCCUGCUGAAGGCGCUGAAGAAGUUAGACGACUACCUUGGCUCUCCACUUCCUGACGAAAUUGAUGAGAACAGCGCGGAUGAGGUCACAUCCUCUUCACGCCCCUUCCUCGACGGUCAAGACCUCACUCUGGCAGACUGCAACCUGCUUCCUAAGCUGCACAUUGUCAAGGUGGUGUGUUUGAAAUACAGAAACUUCUCCAUCCCGCGUUCCCUGGCCAACCUGUGGCGGUACUUGGACGCGGCGUACGCCAGAGAAGAGUUCUCCUCCACUUGCCCCACCGACCCCGAGAUCCACUUCGCUUAUGCCUCAGUGGCCAAAGCUCUCAAGUAGGCUGAAGAUGGGAUCAGACAGGACACAAAAACACACACACACACACACACACACACACACACACACACACACCACUUUUACACAGAAACACAUAGACAUACACAGAGACACACAAACACACACACACUAAAAUAUACACACAUAAUAACAACCCCUUACUCACUCAUAUAUUUGUACAUAGACAUAAAUUUCAAAAACUUCAAAGGUCUAACAAAGGCAGGUCUAACAAAGGGGACACAUUUCAGAUCUCAUGUGCAGGGCUCAAUUGAAAAUGUGUUUUGCAUGUGAAGGCUAUUUUAUAUGCUACACACACACACACACACACCUACAGAUAAUGUGUAAUGUAUAUUUCUCGGUUCAUUUGUUUAUGUCAUGUCCACAUAAAUCAUUAGCCAGUCUAAUUUCUCUCUCUCUCCACUAAAGUACUAAAGAGAGAAGGGACUUCCCUCCUGGUCCAGGCGUCUCAGGUCAAGCAAAUCUCACUUUCACUUUCAUAGACUUGUGUAAGCAUAGCUCGGGCUUAAUCUAACAGUGCAUGGCCAGCUCUAAAUGACUAUUGCGUUUCCUGGAUUGUUUGUCAAAUGUGUCCUUGGUGUAACCUUUGAAGACACAUAUUUUGUCUAAUGUUUUAAAAACAAGGUCAUUCAUAUAAUUUCCCUCUAUGCAAAUGAAGAUAUUUGUCAAUGUCCUUGAGAACCAGGCAUACGGGUCAGGCAUGUGCACACGCCUAUGCAUAAGCAGGAACACACACACACACACAGACACACACAAACAUGGAAACUCUUUGUUGCAAGUUUGUAGCCUACACACCGUGAUGCAUAGGGCCUCUUUCACUUCCUAUUUGUGUAGUGUAGGUGUUUAUUUAUUCACAUCUGCUGGUUAAAGCAGUUAGCACUCCUAAACUGGUCCCUAGGAAGAAAGCAAAGGCUAACGCUAGCCGCUUAUGAUGGGGCGUAACCAUGAGCAGGCAACCACAGGAAGCUAUUGCCAUAGACCUUGGCUUCCUUUUUCUGUUCUCUAAACCUCACCCCAUUCUCUGUCAAAUGGCAGUGAAGGACUAUUCAUGCAUAAACAACUUUUAAUGCAUAUUUCAGAUGUCAGUCAAUCAAACCAUACACAUGACAAGAGCAAAAAGUAAUAGCUUAGUGUGCAAGCAAGGGCCCCUACCGUAAAUAUUCCAUCCAAUCUAGUUAGCUUAAUAGGCUAAAAACCCUUCAAUCCCCUGCCUCUCCUUACUACCUAGACACACUGUUAGGUGCCUUUAGAUUAACCCUGAAGCUGGAACUGUGCCAGUGACUCAGAGUGUCUGUUGCUUUUUUUAUACUGGCGUAGCUGUCCAAUGAGUGAUUUGCAGGUCUUUACCGUUAAGGCUGGUGAGGUUAAGGACGGUUGUGACUAGAUAUAACCCCCUCCCAUCAGGUAAAUAUAAAGGUCUUUGGAAGCAGUAUCACCUAAGUGCACCUCACAACAUCAUUAUGGAAGAAGGUUUUGAAGUUUGUGACAAUUGCCUCUACUUUUUUAUCUUGUGUGUGUGUUUGCACUGAUUUGAAAUGGGAGGUGUAUUUGUCAGUUUAAGUUUAAAAUGUUAAAAUUGGUUUAAGCCUUUUGCUUGUUUGAUGCACCAUUCCAAGUAGCCAAUUUUUACCAAUGAAAUCAUGACUGAAUUAAAUUAUUAUUUAAUAUAUCUUACAAGCACAAGUGCAAGAGUAGCCAACAUGCACAAAUGGACCAAGGUCUGAUAAAAAAAGAAGCAAGGUGUCUUAUAUGAUGUGGCCUCAAUUGUAUUUUUUAAAGGACCAAGUUGCUUUUGAGGCGUAAUAACUGUAUUUGUUAGUACUAUUUUACACAUUUUAGAUGAUAUCAGGGACUCAUAUCAAUGGCAUACACAAACACAGUUGUACUGCAUUGAAUUAGUAUGCUGUAACAUAGGUAUAUGUGAUGGAUGGCCUGUUGACAAUCAAACUCUUGUUUCUAACAUUUUUUAUAUGAUCAGAUUAAUGUAACUUUUUCAUGUGAGGAAAUUUCAAAAUAAAAACUUUUUGGAGGAAAAACA